AUGUAUCAGUUGCUAAGAAAAACCACGUCGAAAUUGACUUGUGGUUGGUGUUCAGAGUGUGUGAUGGUCCGCUGGGUCAUAGUCCUGCUGGUGGCUGUAGCUUGCCACGCCGCCACACUCGACUCGGAACUAGGCGUCGGCAAAUCCAUCAACAUAUUCAUGAGAUAUGGCUACCUCAGUAUAUGCAUGCGGGUGGUACCACGCAAUGAUACAGAUGGUUGGGUCUUCAGAGAGCCUACGGUCAGCGUAUUCAAAGACGUGGAGCAGUUGGUGGUCGCCCCAAAACCUAGAACAGCUAAAACGCUCUUCGACGGAGAUUUCCACAUGGAGUUCUGCGAUAACUUGAAGCAGCUGUUGCAGGCGUACUUUAGAGACUUCAGUUUUGAAAGGUUAGAACGUCCUUGGCGUGCAUUUACAGCUGGUUGGCCAACUGACAUCAUGGCUAGAAACCUUGGCAUCAAUUCAUCAUUCAUCACCGGUGAUCAUUGCUACGUGCUAGUGAGGGUAUCCAGGUUUCGUGAAACGGCCAAGCUGAAAGACAUACCGACAGAUAUUUCCGUAGAAGAUGUAGUUUACGAGGCGAUUGAUGAAACAAACGUCGGCGACACGGUGUCCAUAGCUGACUUCAUACGGAAAUACGGGUCGCAUUAUAUAGCGUCGUAUGUCACUGGGAACUCACUGUAUCAGGUAUUCGUGUUCUCUCGUGGCGUGUACUCUCGUAUACGGGAGCGGGUCAAGUCGCAGGGCGUGGGUUCUAUUCCGCCAACUGACAUCGACAAUUACUUCUCGCCGCUGUAUGCCGAACAUAUAGGAGCUGUCAAGGUGUUUGUGUUCUCUAGAACCGUAUACUCAGUUAUCAAAGAAAGACUUAAAAGCAAAGGCGUCGCCGACAUUACAGCCAAGGAGCUCGAAGGAUAUUUCUCACCCUGGCAAGCAAAACAUAUCGGUCAGAUAAAGGUCGCGAGCGGCAACAAAACCGUUGAGAGUUGGGCAAUGAAGAAAUUAAGAGUACAUUAUUAUAUUUUCUCAUACCCGAGUCUGUUGAAGUUGCACGGGGAGCCGGCGUUGUUGAGAAACUUGGACACGUUGCUUGGCAACGAAGCGUUACUACAGCUCGAACUGAAAACACUAUCUCCAGCUUUCAAAGACGUUAAAAAGAAAAAGUGGUUCGAAGAAGUUAUAGACAAUUAUUUGAAAUUAUGGGAGAGUAAUAUGUGA